AUGGCGAGCCAGUUGCGCAGGAAGCCGAAUGCAUUUAAUCUUUUGCAUCAAAUGAACCUACUUCGCAAGUUCAACUCUUUGAAGGAUGGAGAAGAGGUCUGGGCAAAAGCGUGUGAGAUCUCAGAAGCCUAUGUCGUUGGCAAGGCGGAGUCACAGGCUGCACUCCACCUUUACAAUGACGUUUCUCCCAGGAUUGCAUUGCAACAUUCAAUGGCCAAGUUCUUGACUCAUGAGAGCAUAGCUGCGGGCGCUUGGAACCAGAACUAUUGCAGUGCCACAGACACAAUGCAAGCCUGGCAAGAAACCCUGACCAACACCGAGCAGAUUCUGGACAUGACGGUCGACCGGAUGUCUCGUGAUUGGUUAAGUUUGGCUCCAAAGAUGCGCAAAGCCUUCACCCUGAAGGAUGUUGAAUACUACCAACGCAGCAGUGCAAUUUUUCUGGCUUGCAUGAGCCGCUUCGAAUCUGAGUUCCCAAUUGACUUUGUGGAAAAGGAGCGCCCUCGCAUCAAACGGUUUGAUUUGAAACAUGGUGACGCAGAGCUGGUGGGAAUGCUGGAGGGAGCUCCGCCAGUUGAUUUGGAGCGGUGUGGGAUCUUUCGUACAGCCAUUGCAAAAUUUCAGAGACAGGCUGAGGACGAAAAGGUGAAGGCUUCUGAAGAGCUGGCCAAACGAAUGGUCGAGAUCACCAGUGAAAGCACCGAACUCAAGAUGAACAAUGAUUUUGCGCUUAUGGAGGGGUGGCUUGCUCGAGCCGCUGAUUUUGCAGCACGGCAGGGGGCGCUUGACAUGGCCUACUUGUCACGGCGCUGCGAAGAGGGGCGCAGGGCAGUCGCCGCACUUCAGGGCAAAACUCACAGGUACAAAGGGGUGCCAAGCCUAUCAGAUGCACAUGCAGACUUGCUGCAAUUUCAAUCUGACUGUGGUGGAACGCCAAGCUCUUCGUUGGACAUCACUGAUGUGAGCCUCACCUUCUGUGAUACCGGGCACGGUGGCGACAAGAGGAAACGCUUUGCAGCAGUGAGUAGCUUGCACAAGACCUUUGGUUUCAGCAAGAGCCGUGUCUUUUUGGGAGUUCUGGGUCCCAUCACCCGGGCUCGAGUUACAGAGUUGAUUUCGGACGUGCAGCAGCGCGGCGUCAUUGGAACCAAAGAGAUUUUGCUCAAGCUCAUUGAUGGUUUGGACAUCCCGCCUGAUUCACGGGUGUUUGUCACCGAUUUGACCCCGAACAAGUUCAACGAGUGGGGCCGCGCUGUGUGGGAGUUGCAGAAGGCUUGCAAAGAGUCUGGCCGUGGCCAUGACUGGCGCUAUACUUGCUACUAUGAUGAGGAAUGGUGGGACAAGUCAGCCGAAGCCGGCCCGCAAUCCCGUCCGGGAGAGCAGUUCCAAGAAGUGAAGCCGCAGCUGGAAGUCUUGGCAGUAGAUUCCGAGAAGAACAUCUUGCUUCCGGAUUCCAUCCUGGCCUCGCUGGGGCAUUGCAGCGCCAAGUUCACCAAAGCACUGCAGGUUUGGAAUGAGGAUCAUUCCUUGACAAUGCGUGGCAACUGUUCAGAGUCUCAGCCUCCAACUCCAACACCUUCAAGAGGUGAACGUUCAACCCCCAGACGCACGCGCUGCUCGCCUGCCUUCACCGCCGCUGACCAGCCCAAGAACUUGCAGAAAGUCAUUGAGCCAGCAACGGUGUUGUCCGAAGUCGGGAUUGUGGCCACGGACACUUAUGAACUCUGGCUUCUCAAUGACACCGACGAGUUGAUCGAGCUGGAUGCUUGCGAAUUGUUUGGCUUCGGUAUGGGAGCUUAUGUUGCCAAAGCGGCAGGAACGGCUCGCAGUGAGGGCGACAAGUACAUCCCAUGGAUUUUGAACAAGGACACGGAUGUCGUCAUCCAAGUCGCAGAGUCUGGCAAGUCGCCGACAUGUAUCUCUGAGAUGGCGUGCCAAGCGGCGCAGCGGCAAGGGCUGACUGAGAUGACCCUCGUGGAUCACAGUUUGACGCAGCGCGUCCAGGAGAAUGAGCCGUUGCCUUUUCGUUAUGAUGUUCAAGUGAAUGGGCGGACCAACGUGUAUGAGCACAAGCCCUUGGCAGAUUCGGUGGACCGCUUGGCUGUCCGCCCCACCUUGUUUGGCCUGAUCUUUGCUGGAAAUUUUGGGAAGCUCCCAACGACGCAGGCCCAGUUGGCAUGGGAAGUACUGUGGACGCAACAGGUUUAA